UGCUACCUGGGGUAGUGGUGGCUUAUGAAACCUUUUUUUUCUUUUUUAAUUAUCGCUGUUUCAGAAUCAUACAAGAAUAGAUACAGUUAGUAUAUAUUAUAUGGCUGCUAUUUUAAAGCGGAUCUGUCCCUGUCUAAAUUGCCUGUGGGACAAAUGUUGUGGCGAUCAGCAGCCAAAACAGGAUUUUGACACAGAACUCGGUCCGGAUUCAGAUGAUACUAACACGGUCGAUACCGAGCAACGCUAUGUGCUCAAUAAGAAGCCUCAGAACGAAGAUGCAAUUUACACGGCAAUGUGGCGCUUCAAUGCCAGGACCGAAGAAGAGUUAACCUUCGAAGAAGGUGAUGUCUUUAAGGUCUACACCUUUUCUGGAGAAUGGUGGCAAGCUGGGAAGCUAGAUCCCAAUGGAAAAGUAAUCGGUAAAGGAUUUGUGCCCUACAAUUACCUGGUGCGCGGAGAAAGUGUAGAAGCCCAACUAUGGUACUUUGGGAACCUGAGUCGCUCCGAAGCCAUCACCCUCCUUCUUCAAUCGGGGAAUGCUAAUGGCACUUUCCUGGUCCGAAUCAGUGAGAAAGAGAAAGUUGGCUUUGUUUUAUCUGUGAGGGUUGACACCAACGUGAAACACUUCAAAGUUCUUCAGAGACACGCUGGCUUGUUCUAUCUCAAUGACAAACACACAUUCUCAACCCUGCUUGAUGUCAUAAACUUCUACAAACAGCAUAAUCUCGCUCCGGGUGUGAAACUAACCAACGCAUGCACAAAACAAGAGCCCGUGUUGAAGGACCUUUCCCAUUCCACUGUGGAUGCUUGGGAACGGCCAAAAGAGGAGUUUACGCUUCAAUCAAAACUGGGCGCUGGGAAUUUUGGGGAAGUCUUUGAAGGACUUUGGAAACAACAGGUCAAAGUGGCGAUAAAAGUGUUGAGAAAGGAAACCAUGAAUUUCAAAGACUUCCAGGCUGAGACUCAGAUCAUGAAAAAACUCUCUCAUAAACACCUGAUCUCCCUCUACGCUGUGUGUACGAGCGGGGAUACGUUUUACAUUGUGACUGAACUGAUGGAAAAAGGGAGCCUCCUACAGUAUCUCAGGAGUAAGGAGGGCAGCACGUUAAGCUUGCCCCACCUUCUAGACAUGGCAAGCCAAGUCGCCUAUGGGAUGUCCUACCUGGAAUCCAAGAACUUCAUCCACCGUGACCUGGCCGCGCGAAACGUUCUGGUCGGGGAAAACGGCAUCUGCAAAGUAGCGGAUUUUGGAUUGGCUCGGGUGAUUAAGGAUGAUUUUUACUUCUCUGACGAGAAGCGGAUUCCCUACAAGUGGUCCGCUCCGGAAGCGAUAAGCCACGGGCGCUUUUCUGUCAAAUCUGACGUGUGGUCAUUUGGGAUUCUUCUGUAUGAAAUUGUCACCCAUGGUCAGGUGCCUUACCCAGGGAUGUCUAACCAUGUCUUCAUGGAAGUGGAGAAAGGGUACCGCAUGCCAUGUCCUGACAACUGUCCCCAAGCUGUCUAUGCCAUCAUGAUGUCCUGCUGGGAGAAGAAAGCUGAUGCGCGUCCUGAAUUCAAGCAGCUGGUCUGGAAAUUAGACAACUGUACCAACUACGAAGAACAGAAUUCCCAGGAGUGGGGAUAAGAGACCAGCAGAACUUCCCAGCUGGGACGCUAUCACAUUAUCACCAAUGCACACCUGGCUGAAUAUUUUAAAGGAGGAUCUAUAGGACAGACACAAUAGUGGCUGCAAAAAUAAAUCGUGUGGAGUAGUUAUGUGCCACAUAAAUGCAUAACGUGUGUGUAAAUAUAUAACCACUAUAUAUAUUCAAGGUAUAUGUACAGUGUAUAUAUUGGUAUUACAUGAGGACAUACAUGCAAUUGAACUUCACUUAGAUAAUAUGGUUUGGGUGAACUGGGUGCAGAGUCCUUUUAUACCACCAGAGGGCCACCUUCUCUGCUACAAACAGACUGCAAAUUAUUUGUAUUUGGGAUACAGUAUUUUCAAUGAGGGAGAUUCUUAACAGUUUUGUCGAGUAAUGUUUUUUUUUUUUUUUUUUUUUUUUCUUUCAGUUAGUUCAAACUUUUACCAAACCUCUAUAAUUUGAACAGGAAUAAAUCCAAGAUCAUGGAGUUUGGAAGCUAAAUACAAAGCUGCUAAUGAUCUUCCUAAUAGCUAUAACCAAAACAUGAAGAUAAGUAAAACAUUGCUUGAUCGAUAACUGUAGAUAAAAAAAAAGCUAGCAUGCUUCUCUAUCUGUCAACCACCUCUGGUGCCCCCUUGUGGUAAGACGUAUGUAUUGCAAGGCUGCCUUCAUUUCACACCUCUGCUCAAUGUUUAAUAACAAACACUGCUUGACAUUUGAUGUGCAAAAUCUCCUAAUAUAUUUCUUUUUUUUUUUUUUUAUAUGAUCAACAUUAAUAUUUUGUUUGCCUCUUGGUCUUCUUUUUGUUGAGUUGAGUAGUUUAAUCUGUUAAUUGACAGAUCCACUCAUACUCUUAAGAGGCUAAAAUAAUAUUAAGACAAUAGUUGGCAAGACAAUAAUCUGCAGGUUUGACCAUUAAAUGUAUUUGUGUCUCACAAAAGCAAUAAUUAUUUAUUUAUUCUGAUACUAUGCUAUAUUUCAUAAAUGCAACAUAAAAUUCACCGCAAUUGUAAAAUGACCCAUAUAAAUAUUUAUGUCAUUCUUAUCAAAUAGUAUGCAAAAAAAUAUAUGCACGUGCAUAGCACAUGAUCAUGAAAAUGACCUGUUCUCAGUAUAUGAUAUAUUUGAGUGAUGAUACAACACUAAUGAAUGCUUCUUGGCUGAUGUUCAUUUCAAGUAUCUAAACCAUGAUGCUGGCAGCAAUCAAAGCCAACAGGCUACUUGAAAUAGCUGAAUGAGACACCUGCAUUGCUUUAGAUCUCAUUACACAGGCAAGCUGCAGUGUGAUCAUUCAUGGAAUAUAACAGGGUUUGACAGUGAACGUGAAGCUUCAGCACUCAGUAAACCAAACUAAUUUCUGAAAAGCACUGUGUACAGCUCGCUCCAGCCGGUGAUUGCUGAUCUUGUGCUUGUUUGGUUAUUUCAAUGUGGGGUGACACUGCACGUCAUUGGUCAGUGAGAUGAGGAAGAUUGAUCAGUGUCACAUUGGCUAGUCUGUCAGCCACUAGUCCCGCCUCACUGGUUAUUCACAGCCUUGUUGUUUUGACACCUGAUUCUGUGUGGCUGAAAGCAGGUCUCUCAUCAUACCGUAUGCAACAUAUUUUUUUUAGCUCUAUG